CUUCCCCCUCUUCCCCUUCUCCUGCCAGGAUGCUGCCGUCGCGCUUUUUGCACGGCGCGCCGCCGGUUUUUUCGCAUCUGCGAGUACUAAGCCCGUCGCUUCUGGCGGCACAGGCCUCGCGCAGCGACCUGCACUUUGGCCAUGAGAAAUCCUCCUACCCCCGGGCAUACCUCCCCGGGCGGGAGCUGACCUUUGCCAAUUGCAUGGUUCAAUUUUCGAAGCAAAUCCAACGCGAUAUGUCGCCGAUCAUGUCGCAGGCCCAAUUGCAGCACGCGCGCUUCACCAGCCGCAACUCGCUGGAGCCGAUCUCGGCCAACAGCUCCCUGGGCCUGGCCGUCCUUCCUGAUGCCGAGACUUCUGGCCUGCCGACCGGCCAGGUCCCGGCCAUCCGGCCAAGCACCCCGCUUUCGGUCUUCCGGUCUCGGCCCCCGGGCGAUGAGAACCCCUUCAGCCCACUGAGCCAGCUUUCCAUCUUCCUGGCUCAGCCGGUGGACGCCACGGCCCAGAUUGCCGAGUCCAUCCAGUUGAGCACCUCCCUGCAGGACCUAUACAUCACGGCCAAUGCGCGGCCCUUCCAUUCGAACACCUUCCGGGGGGCCCCCUGCUUUUCCAUGAAGUUCUCCAACCAGGAAAAGAUCUUCCAAUCGAUCGCCGAUCAUGCUGACACGUUGCGGCAUCUGCGCCUGUCGGGCUUCGCCUUUGACUCGCAUUUUCUCUGCAAGAUCCUUCCCUCGCUGAAUCUUACCUCUCUCUCGCUGAAUGACUGCCUCAUCCAGGACAACGACUUCACCGACAUCAUGAUCGCCCUGUCCAGCCAGAAGGGCCUCGAGCACCUGUCGAUCUCCGGCUUCGAGUCGGAGACCGAGCGCUCUGCCCACCACUUCGCCUCUUUCCUCCAACAAGUUCCGGUCACGCACCUGACCCUCCGGCGAAAUGUCCGCCAGAGUGAGUAUCUAGCCGAGGCCAUCGCCGAGGUGAUUGCCAACCGUGGCUGCCUAGCGCGCUCAAUUACACUGGAAUACUGCCGCUUGACAACGCGUUGCGCGCAAACUCUUCUCUCGGCCCUGGAGCGAGUUCAAAGCCUGCCCACAUCUCGGAGCGAGCUGCCCCGUGGCAUCUACUCGGAGCUCCGGUCGCUGAAUCUGUCCCACAAUCCGGAGAUCGAUGCCCAGGCUCUCGUCAAGUCGUUGACCAAUUUGUACACCCAGUCGCUCUUCCUGGAUAGCCUGGACCUCCGUGAGUCGCAAGCCAUGCACUCGGCGGACUAUCUGCACAUCCGGAAUCUGCCGAUCCUCAUCAACAAGUCGACCCCCCCGCCGCCAGUCCGGUUCCUCUUCCACUUUUCGGCGUCCAACAACCACCAGCGAUUGAUGAACAAGGAACACUCCUUUGUGCCGGAGAACACCCAGGAUAUCUGGCGCAAUUCCUUCCUCUCACGCUCAAGCCACAUGCCCCUGCAGGAGCGCACCAUCUCCGGCAACCCCUUGACGUCACGGCUGAACACGGUGAUCGACCACCUUCGGUUCAUGCAGGUCGGCGGCGAGAUGACCUUCCGCACACUGCGCCAGGACCCGAUUCUCAUCCCACCCCCGGAGGAGGAUGACUCGUCCUCGUCGCUUUCGUCCCUUGAGCAGUUCUACUCCACGCGGGGGCCCUAUGCCCGGCCCUUUGCCGGUGCAUUUGCCCGGGAGAUGAUGCUCGCCUCGCGAGUUGGCACGGAGCUGGACCUCUUCGAUCGCGAGACGCACACGCCCCUGCUGUCCGGCGGGCUGAUCAUCGACCAGUGCCGCUCCUUCGGCCUGGACCCGGGCCUUGCCUGGGCGGUGGCCAUGCUGGAAGCCCCCCUGCGGGGUCUUCGCGUGGUUGCCGACGAUAACCCGGCCGUCGUUCCCGAGGGGGACUUCCCCCAGCUGGAGGCCCGUCUCAAUGGGGCCGUCCGCGCGGCCGACGAGGUCCUUGCAUCCUAUCGCCUGCGACAGUCGCUCCUAAAUGAGGACAAUGCCGCGGACCUCUCCCGGUGGAGCCUCUUCGGAAUUAGCCUCGAUGACAUCCUCUUCGCCUUGGCCGGUCCGUCGCUCGAGCAGGCGGCCCUGGUCACUUCGCUGGCCGCGGGGCCGCCGGCUCCCGGGGCCGGGCAAAGUAGCGUCGCGGUCCGGGUCACCCGGGCCCAAUUCAACCGGCUCCAGGCGGCCAUCGACCAGCAGGUGGUCCUGCUCCUGGAACGCCACACCGGGGACCUGAUUGCCGAGCACCAGCGCCUGGCAGCCCAGCCGAAUGGCCGCCUGCAGCCAACCUUUGGCCACCUCGCCGAGCGCAUCGCCAGUCUCAAUCGCGCGGCCGCGGUCAUCACCCCCACGGCCCCCACGCCCGGGCCGGCCAUCCGGUCCCUAUGCCGGCAGUAUGUGGACCUGAUGAUGGCCGGGGCCAACUUGACCCGAGCCGGUGGCGACCUGCGUGUCCUUUCGCCACGCGCCCUGCGCCGAGUCAUGGAGAACUCCUACAUCUCGCGGCCCGAGUGGCUGGAGCCUCUGCCGCACAUUGACAUUUCGGCUUCCGACAGGAAAAACCCCCUGCCGGAGGGCGGCUCGCGGCACCUCUAUGCCGGGAUGGAACCGCACUCCUUCGGAGCCCUGGAGGCUGCCACCAGCCGUGGCUGGACCGGGUCCAGUCUCUUCAUGAUGUCGCCGAUGGAUGUGUUUGCUUCGUCGCACUUGUCCUUCGCCUCGGCCACGCGGCUGUCCCUGGUGGCGGCGGUGGCGGCGGCCGAUGCGCGCCUGCUGUCCAGCUGGCUCUGGCCAUCCCGGCGACACACCAGCCAGAAUACCCCCUGGUCCAAGGGCAGUCCGAUGGUGAUGGACAUCUCCGCGCCCGGCGGCCCGAACGCCCGGUUCCUGACAUCGCAGCUGACCGCCACGGCCAGCCAGCAUCCCCUGCGCUUUGAUGUGCGCAUUCCCCCGCCGGUCGGCGAGCUGGCCAAGCGCCUGGAACGCUUGCGCCAUGUUCCUCGGCCGACCACCGACUCCCUGAUCAACUGGUCCUUCAGCCGGACGGACGCCUUCUUGCAGGGGGUCACCUCGAUGGGGAAUGUGGCCAACUCGGCUGGCAUCUUCAAUGGUGUUGGCCUGCUGGGCCUGGCCCAUGCCAAUCGGCAGAACCAGCUGCUGGAUGACUCCGGCCACGAUCAGGGGGCCUUUGCCGGAUUCCUGACCGCCAAUCCGGAUGCCUUCCGGCGCUUUGCCUCAACGCGCGAGGCAUCCGCCGCCCUGGAGCGGGACUUCUCGGCCAGUCCGCUGCUCACGCGCACGGCCGAUGUGGAGGAUCCCCUUUGGUCGGCUUUGAACCAGGCACCGCAGGACAAUGCCUGGGCUGGACUCAUGCGCAAUGACAAUCAGCGCGUGCUCCUCCUGGAGCCGGCGGCCCGGUGCCUGCGGCCGCCCUUCACGGCCUUCAUGCUGGCGGAUCGCCGCCUGGAUCCCCGAGCCAGCGGGGCGUUGCUUCCGUCGCUCGAGACGCUGGCCCUUCGUCGGCGGAUUUCCCCGGCGGCCGAGGCAGCCCUGGCAGCCGCGCGCGUCACCCCCGGCCCCAUCGGCAUCGAUUCCCGGCGCAAGGAGACUCUCCUGACCCUGGAGCCGGUGACCCGUCGGUUUGGCAGCACGUACGAGCUCCUGGCCACCUAUGCCGAUGCCACGGUGACGGUGCUGCCCGGCACGCCGGUCCGCUUCCAACCGUCUGUCGCUUCGGUCGGGUCGGUCAUCUAUGGAUCGGACUUCCUGGUGCGCCUGGCGCAGCAGGCCCUGGCGGCGGACAUUUCCAUCGGCUUGACCCCGGCCUGGUUCGGCAAUGGGACUUUCGAUCCGAUGCGCAGUGUGGCCGAGCUGUCGGCCAUGCUUGUGUCCAAGGGGAACGCCAUACCGGUCAUCCCGGCGAGUGAGCCCACCUCGCUCCCGGAGGAUCAAGAGUAGAGGAGACAGGCGGCGCGGCCUCCAGCCGCCACCGAGAGAUGGCAGAGCCAAGGAGCCCCAGCUCCGAAAGGAGGGACGAGAGGUAGCCACGCCUGUGAAUAGAAGUUGCUGGCCCGCCCGGCUGCAUGCGGCACUGUGUCCCUCCCCC